GUGGCCCUCGACCCCUUCCUCUUCCGAGGAGAUGCAGGCGAUGUAGGCCAAAGCAAAGGGAAGUCAACGGGAAAGGGAAGCGAAGCCAAAGGCGACAAGGGCAAAGGAAAGGGAAGCGAAGCCAAAGGCGACAAGGGCAAAGGAAAGGGAAGCGAAGCCAAAGGAGAGAAGGGCAAAGGAAAGCGAAGCGAAGCCAAAGGAGAGAAGGGCAAAGGAAAGGGAAGUGAAGCCAAAGGAGAGAAGGGCAAAGGAAAGGAAGGAACGGAAGAAGAAAGCAAAGGAAAGGGACAGGGGAACAAAGGCUUAGGAACAGGAAAGGAGACCCCAAGCACCGAGGUGGGCAAAGGAAAGGGAAAGGACACUAAGGGUUGCGAAGGAAAGGGAGAGGAGGGCUCGAACACGGAGGCUGGCCAAGGAAAAGGAAAGAAAAGCGAGGGAAAGGGGAAAACUGCCUCGGGCAAAGGCGCGGGAAAGGAGUCGCCAAGCGCCAAGGCUAGCAAAGGAAAAGGAAAGGAGUCGGCAAGCGCCGAACCGGGCAAAGGAAAGGGAAAGGAGUCGGCAAGCGCCGAGGCUGGCAAAGGGAAGGGAAAGGAGUCGCCAAGCACCGAGGCGGGCAAAGGAAAGGGAAAGGGAAAGGGGGCCCCAAGCACCAAGGGUUCCACGGGAAAGGGAAAGGAAAACCCAAGCACCGAGGCUGGCAAAGGAAAGGGAAAGGAAAACCCGAGCACCGAGGCUGGCAAAGGAAAGGGAAAGGAAAACCCAAACACCGAGGCUGGCAAAGGAAAGGGAAAGAAGGGCACGAGGGGAAACAGUGAGGCCAGAUGCUCCGGGUGA